ACCGUCAAGACGAAAACAAUUUAGGAACCGAAGUGCGAGCAGUUGUCCGCGGUCAGUAUGUGAAAACACAGAGGCGCCUACAACUCCUGAGCUUCUGCCGUUUGUUUCUGUUUUGCUUUGCGGUUUUAUUUCCCCCCGUUCCCGUUUGAAAGCUGUCGGUGGGUCUGGGAAGCGGACGCGCACUUUCUUCAACCUGACUCGUUCUGCCUGACCUUCAGAGCGGCAGCUAGACAUGUAGCGAGCAGCAUAAACACGGUGUGCACCUCUUCGUGAACUCUUUUCCUCUAAAACAGAUACCUCUACCUCUCGGGCUGGACUGUGGUGCAUUAACGUCGGGUCGCCCUCCCCUGCCGCCUCGGCCCCCAGCGAUGGCCUCACGCAUCGGGCUGCGAAUGCAGCUGAUGCGAGACCAGCUGCAGCAGGAGGAGCAGCGUGAGCGGCAGCAGCAGCAGCAGAAUGUGGCGAUGCAAUACAUGCAGCAACGCAUGGCCGGGUCUCCUGCACCUACGCCAGCUAUCAGCACUCCGCAGCAGUACCAAAGCAUGCAGGUUCCUGUGGAGGUUCUGAAGGUGCAAACCCACCUUGAAAAUCCAACAGACUAUCACAUCCGUCAGUCACGGAGACAACAAGUGAAAGAAUAUCUGUCAACCACCUAUGCUAACAAACAGACGGUUCACGCAGUGGCAGGGAUUAUGCCACCGUCUCCUCCCACAAACAUGGGGCCUGCGGGGGGUUCGGCAUCCGCACCUCCACCGCUCCACUCCCCACACAUGCGUAAGGAGCAGCUCAUGUCUGGCAACAGUGCCCCCAACAGCCCCAUGGCCAUGCUCAACAUUGGCUCUAGCCAAGAGAAGGAGAUGGAGGAGGUUAUUGAUGACAUUAUAAGUAUGCAGUCCAGUUACGACGACAUUCAAGGAUACAUGGACCCUGUUCAGAUGCCAAACACACUCCCGCUUUCCAGCAGCCACCUAGACGUCUACACAGGUCCUGGGAUGAAGGCGCCGACUAUCGGAAUGACAAGCAACUCCUGUCCCGCCAACCUGACCAUCAAGCGGGAACUGUCAGACACAGAAGCCCGUGCGCUGGCUAAGGAGAGACAAAAGAAAGACAACCACAAUCUAAUUGAAAGGAGGAGAAGAUUCAACAUUAAUGAUCGAAUCAAAGAGCUGGGCACCAUGAUUCCCAAAACCAACGACCUUGAUGUACGUUGGAACAAAGGUACUAUAUUGCGCGCAUCUGUAGAUUAUAUCAAACGCAUGCAGAAAGAUGUGCAGAGAUCCAGAGAGGUGGAAAAUAACUUCAAAAGGAUGGAGGUGGCCAACAAACAGCUUUUGCUACGUAUUCAGGAGCUGGAGAUGCAAGCUCGACUACAUGGCCUGCCAAGCACCUCCCCAUCUGCGCUAAACCCCGGUGAAAUGAUGCCUUCUUACAUAAAACAAGAGACCAGCCCAGAGCAGAACUUUUCUCAUGCCCAGGCACAAGCCCUCCACCAGUCCCAGCACAUACCCCACAACCAGGCUCAGCCCCAGCAGCACCACUUCCUCCCCCAGACCCACCUCCAUCCUCAGAGCCAGCUCCAGCCUCAGGCCCGGCAGCUGCCACCGCUCCCACAGCAUCUGCCGCCCCAGCAGCCCAUCCAGUACCCAGCCGUGGGCAGCUCCCAGCCCUUUGACUUUGUUCAGUCACUGGACCUGUGCGAUGGGAUUCACGGAUUCUCAGACGGCAUGUCGGGGCUGGGUGACCUAGGCGGACUGGACGUCCAAGGGAGGAGAGGCGAGCUGGGCUUCUUGAUGAUGGACGAGCCUUUGUCCCCCAUGGGUGGAGACCCGCUGCUGUCUGCCAUGUCCCCCGAGGCGUCUGUCGACUCUAGCCGCAGAUCCAGCUUUAGCAUAGAGGAUGGAGACAUCAUGUAGAAAUGUAGCGUGGUUGCAGUAAAACUGUAAACAGCAUCAAACAAAAUAAGAAAACCCCAAAAAUACACACAAUACACAAAAAAGAAUCAAUCAAUAUUCACCAGGUCCCAAAAUCACACACUUUGUGGUACAGUUAUCUCUCUUUAACGGUACAGUCCAAACCAGAGGGUACUCCAGUCUCACAGAAGUUGUUAGUCAGAGCCGGCCCAAGGCAAAAACAAACUCAGCUGUUGCUUGGGGCCUCCAGGCCGUUUAAGUAUAUGGAUUCUUAAACGGAAUAUUGAUCUCAAAUCCUCAAAAUGUUCUUGACUCAUUUAGAAAGUCAAGAAACUCGACAUGUGCACUAUUUGUUAUAAUUUAUUCAUAGUUGCAUCAUUAUGUUAUUGAUCUCAAUUUAAUGUCAGUAGUUAAAUGCUGCUAGCUGCUGCUUAUGUCUGUGCCAGAGUCACAUUUUAAGGACAAUAUCACUAUUUAAUACAUAAAUUACAAUUAUGCCUCUUUAGUCAUCAAGAGCCAAAAGUGCCACAAUUCAAUAUGGCAAUAAGUUGCACCAUAUAAUAGAUCAUUUAAGUAAAACAAAAUAAAUCAUAUGAAUUAAUUAAAUAUCAAAACAAUUUAGAAACAACGGUAUUUUAAAGUUUGUAUACAUUUUAUGUCAAAAGCAUAUAUAAUGCAAGUAUUUAUUUUAUUCCAUUUUACUUUGAGGCAGCACGUGGAAAUUAUAUUUAUCCGUUACCUCUGGCAUCCAAGAUUUUACUUAACUCACAUGCCUCUAUUGGAACUAUUUAAGGUGAAUUGGAGUGGGGUCCAAAUCAGACCAAAGACUACUUUGGGCCGGCUCUGUUUAGAUUAAAUACUUUUGCACACACACUCAAGUGCCUGCAAGUUGAUCUGCAUGGCUCGAAGCUUUACCUGCCAGGCUGAGCAUUUCCAGUAUUGAACCAACACACAGAUCACUUGUGCAGCACAUUUAGCCUUAUUUCCAGCAGGGUGACUCUGAAUCCUAUCUCAGCAGAGGACAACACCAGCAGUUAAUUAGAUUGACGGUAUCGGAUGCGAGAGCAAAUGGGGGCAUUGUCUCACGUGAACGUCAUUUGCCCCCUUCCCCCCCGCACACCUCUUUUAAUAACCGUAAACGAUUCGGUGUAUGAUAGCUAAUAAAAUGGAAAUAGCUUUAUGGCCCUGCAUACAUAAUUCAUUCUGAAGGGGAUACAGUCUUCUGACAUAGCUGCUCUCCUCACUUUGCUUUUCCACAUUUUGCUUUGGCCACACUUGUUAGGUGUUGAUAAAGAUCUGAGUUGGCCUGAUAAAUUGGAGGGAUCUCUGGAGGAGUUCACAUCUUAUGAUUCAGUUAAAAACCUUACUCAGUGGGUGGGUGGAAGAAGUCUUCAAUAAACUCUUGGUCCUGCAUGCUUUCAGCACAGCUUGCUAAAGUGAGUGGCUGCCAUUAGUACGUUUACCUGCUGUUUUGAUUUGACUUGAAACAUAUCCUAAAGCAGUUUCAGUUAAUUGUGUACAGAUGAAACUUACAGCUUCAUAAAACAUAAAAUUUUAUGUGCAGUGUUUCAAAUCCUUUCUUUUUUUUCUUUUUUUCUUUUAACUGACUGCACAUCUUGCUUGAGGUGCAAACGCCAUAAUCACAGACGGUGUAACGAUGACCAUUAUAGGGAGCAAAGUCCAGUCAAGGACUUGAUGGAAAACCUGAUUAAAAUUCUUGGGAGAGGAUCCAGUUAGGACCUUCACUCAGACACUGUCAAGUUAUGUGGAGUGAAGUAAUGAAAUUCUUUGGAUGAUCUGAAAGACUUAACAUUAAUUUAUGGGAAAUUUGUCAAAAAUACUCAGGUGUUGUAACAAAAUGCAAAAAAAAAAAAAAAAAAAAAAAAAAAGCAGCAUUUGUUUUGAUCACUCAGUUGUGUCUGAGCCAUGAUCCACAUCCAUGUGUGCCUUUUCAUUUACUCUUCUGCCUCUUUUUACAGCAUGUUUUUAUACAUUUUGGGCCAUACACAGCUAAGAUUUUAUAAUCGUAUUCAACCAGGCCUUUCUUCUGUCUGCUUCAGCUGAACUAUGCAAUUUGCAGGGGAUAAACAUAAUUUUAUGUAUGGACUUUUUAAGGGUUUGUGAAUGAGAUCCACAAGAAAGGCAGGUAAAGUUAGGCUUUAAUGAAGGAGGAAUAUGAAAGUUUGGUCUUGCCUCUGUAACAGUUUUGUAAGCACAGAAUCAGAACAUACAGUUAGGGCCAGAAAUAUUUGGACAGUAACACAAUAUUUGUGAGUUGGGCUCUGCAUGUCACCGCAUUGGAUUUGAAAUGAAACCUCUACAACAGAAUUCAAGUGCAGAUUGUAACGUUUAAUUUAAAGGGUUGAACAAAAAUAUCUGAUAGAAAAUGUAGGAAUUGUACACAUUUGUUUACAAACACUCCACAUUUUAGGAGCUCAAAAGUAAUUGGACAUAUAAACAUAACCCAA